UUUUAAACUUAUCUAUGGUUUUGAAAAAGGUUAGGUUAUGUUUUGUGGAAACGCCAAAAUUUAAUUUCAGAAUGCAAAUUUUAUCUUUUUAAGAGAAAUAUUUUGAAUUUUGUGGAAUGGAAUCGACAGUACGAACAUUUGCUAUCCCUAACGAGUUGUGUAGAAGAGCCGGUAUUGCAGCUACAUGGCAUUCAAUAAAUAAUUUAGGUAUAUUUCCUUCUCAAAGUGUAAAUCCUAGUAUCCCAGACAGACCAAGCCCAUAUGGACCUAGUGAAGCCUCGGUAUUUAAUGUUCGUCAAGACAUAUUACUAUUUGAGCCUAUUCUAAGGAAACUUGUGAACGAAUCCAAUGGAAUUUUCUUAAAUUUACAAAUUCUUACAUCUGGUAAUGUUGCGAACUUAAAACAGGAACUAUUAAAAGUCAGUCAUCAGUAUAGGUCAGUAAUACGUGCAUGCUUGGAAAAUUUACAAGAUGAAGUAGCAAGGGUUGAUGAACAUACAAGUGAAAAUAUGAAAAAUUAUAUUACUAUAUUCUACUCUAUUGAAUGUAUAUGGCAUCUUUGUGAAAUCUUAUUUAUAGAAAAUAUACCUGGUAGUAUAGUUCUCCCACACCUUUUGGAAUGGGUCAGGUUUCAUUUUCCUAAAUAUGAAAGGCAAGCAACUAUUUAUUUAAACUCUGAUAUUGAUAAUAUUGAAUUGGAUCCUGAUUAUUGGAAAACAGUAAUUGGUUGUCUUCUUCAAGGGCGAGUGGAAGUUGUUAGGGCUCUUUUGACACUGCAUUCAUCAGCAAACAGUCCAGUGUUUAAACUGUUUGACCAAACAUUAAAGUCGAUGCCCAUUUACAAUGUUUAUAGUGGUACUUCUGUGACAGAGUUUAAUUUACGAUGGAAGCAUUGGUUGGUAGACACACAGUCGAAGAUAGAUGCUAAAUCAUUUGUCUCAGAAAGUCAUUUAAACCUUAUGAUGAAGCUUGCAGUUGGUGAAGAACUGGCUUGGAAUCAGGUACAAGCUCAGUGUGAGGCUUGGUACGAAUUAUUAGCCUCCUGGCUGUUUUUUACUGAGCCAACUGUUAAAACUUUUGAGCUAGGUCAGUUUGCUAGACGAUGCAUUGGUCGUAUGGGCGUUAGAGAUCACCUAAGACAUCUAGACCAAAUUCUUUUGGCAGCAUUAGAAGCUGAUAUAUUUCAGGUGAUAAAAGAAAUUCAGCACAUGUCUGAAAAUGGGUGGUUUGUGAGCCAUUUAACUGACUUGUUAUUUCAUGCAGGAGUUUUGGAUACUUUAGAUGGGACCAAUGAGGACUUGGUGGCUGGACGACUUCGCGAGUCUUUCUUAAUUGAUUAUGGGGUUCUAAUGAGUAGCCACCAUUCCUUGUGGCAAUUGGGCUUAAGUUAUUUGGAUCAUUGUCCCUCAGAUGGUCUACAUGUUAUUCAAUUACUGCUGCAAAAGUUGCCUUUAGGAACUGAAGUUCGAGUGCAAAAGAUUGUUCGAGAGGCACUUAAAAGAGACCUCCAUCCUGUGGGUAUGUUAAAGAAAACAAUUAAAUUUAAAGGAAUUGUUUGUAAAUAUGUAUGCAACACAUCGUACAAAUAUGAAACUUCGGUACCUGUUGAAAAAGUUUAUGAGGAAGCAGUUGAAAUGUUACAAAAAGAGCGACAGAAGAAGUCGCAAUUGUCGGAAGAAGAAGGGGAAGCUAUCAGUCUAACAAAAUCCUUCAAGGAUGCUCAAGAACAAAGAAAUAGUCAAGAACCAAUGUUAAAUAUUAAAGUAAAUGAAUUGUUUAAGGAAUAA